CGGCAUGCGAGGCCUUGUUUCCGUUUGUUCCGUGCGUACUACAGAGUCUCACUCUACUUUUUUAAACAAUGUCAAAAAAAAGCGAACGAACGCGAAUGGCCACUGUGACUCGACACGAUCCGGAAGCAGCACAAAGGCAUUUGAAACGACAACUGGAUUCACUAGAACGAGACAAUCAUGAUUCACUCAAUGACGUCGAAGGACUCAUCAAUAAUGUACUAGCACAACAAGAAGACGAUUCUAAAGCAGCGCGAAAAAAGCGACACAAGGGAACCAAGGCCAAUGUAUAUGCGGCGAAAACAAAUUUAAAUGUACUUCUUGAAGACGCUCGCCUCGAACUUCUCUCACCGAAUACACCAUCCUAUCUCACCUGUUCUGCAGCUCCUUCACAAUACCCACCUAGACACUUUUGCUCUGUCUGCGGUUUUUCUAGUUCGUACAAAUGCCUACGGUGCGGCAUGAAAUACUGUUCCGUCAGGUGCCUUGGCACUCAUCAAGAAACGAGGUUCGUAAACUGGAAAUCGAUAACAACUUUUCGCUUCUUUGAUGGGUCAUUAACAAACAAACUUUAUUAAAGAUGCUUGAAAUGGACCGCAUGAUAAGGAUUGGUAGAGUAAUAUGGAAUUUUUAUCUCCUUGUUUUG